AAAUGAUAUCACCUUUCACAGUAAUGAUGAGAUUGCAUUGUUAACUUACUAUAUAAAAGUAAAUUCAUGGUUGUACAGCGUAUAGAACAAUAUGAAGUCUGUAAUCCAGGUCAGCUUGUGUGUUGUCCUUAUAUCGGUUUACGCGAAAGGCGAUGAAGUUCCUCCGUCAUUCAAAGCAAAACUUCAUCAACACCUUCAAAGUUCUCGGUGGUUUUGGAAACUGGCCGGAUCCCAUGUUAAGACUGUACAUCCUGUUUCCUUUAAAGUGAAUGUCGUCUCUACAUAUAAUGUGACAAAAAUAUCUAAAGGAAUAUUUCAAAACGGUAAUAAGUACAGAGACUGUGCAACCAUACUCAAGAAAAAUCCAAAUCAAAAAAAGGAAAGGAUGGUGUAUAUACAAUUUAUCUUGAUGGAAUACAAAAGAAGAAAGUGUACUGUGACAUGACGAAAAAAGGAGGGGGUUG